CAGAGUGAAUAAUCCAGACUUCUCCACUGAAACUUUCCCCCAGAGGAUCUAACACUCAGGUUCAGGGUCUGCAGGACGCUAUGAAGUUUGCUCGGUUCAUCAUGAAGAAUGCAGCGCUGGCCAAUGUGCCGAAGCACAUCGACCACUUCUCUAAAUUCUCUCCCUCGCCGUUAUCAAUGAAGCAGUUCCUGGACUUCGGCUCAGUGAACGCCUGUGAGAAAACCUCCUUCAGGUUCCUCAGGCAGGAGCUGCCGGUCAGGCUUGCCAACAUCAUGAAGGAGAUCAGACUGCUGCCCCCCCGCCUGCUCAGCACCCCCUCAGCUCAGCUCGUACACAGCUGGUAUGUCCAGAGUUUAAUGGAGAUCCUUGAGUUCCUGGACAGACGUCCAGAGGACCAGAAGGUUCUGCAGGAUUUUGUGGAGACCCUGGUGACCAUCAGGAACCGCCAUAACGAUGUGGUUCCAACCAUGGCUCAGGGUGUGAUCGAGUAUAAGGAGAUGUUUGGGCACGAUCCAGUCACCAGCCAGAACAUUCAGUACUUUCUGGACCGGUUCUACAUGAGCCGUAUCUCCAUACGCAUGCUCAUCAACCAGCACACGCUGAUAUUUGACCCCGCCUCCCAGCCAGUGCCCAGCACCAUCGGCUGCAUCGAUCCCAACUGCAGGGUCACAGAGGUCAUCCAAGACGCGUAUGAAUGUGCGAGGAUGCUCUGUGAGCAGUAUUACCUAUGCUCACCUGAACUGGAGCUCAAAGAGUUAAAUGUGAACACAGAGUCUGAGCCCAUUCACAUCUCCUACGUCCCCUCACACCUCUACCACGUGCUCUUCGAGCUCUUCAAGAACGCAAUGAGGGCCACUAUCGAGAGCCAUGAGUCCAGCAGCACUUUACCGCCCAUCGGAGUUAUGGUAGCGCUGGGAGGAGAGGACCUAUCAAUCAAGAUGAGUGACCGAGGUGGAGGAGUUCCUGCUAGGAAGAUCGAGCAGCUCUUCAGCUACAUGUACUCUACAGCUCCCCGACCAGAGAUUACCACAAACCGCCGCACCCCACUGGCUGGGUUCGGUUAUGGUUUGCCGCUCUCUCGUCUGUACGUUCGAUAUUUCCAGGGAGAUUUACAGCUCUACCCGCUGGAGGGAUUCGGUACUGAUGCAGUCAUUCACUUAAAGGCUCUGUCCACAGACUCGGUGGAGAAGCUUCCUGUCUUUAAUCAAACAGCGCUGCGUCACUAUACGUCCAGUCAUGAAGCCGAUGACUGGUGUGCUCCGAGGAAGGAACCACUGGACUUGGCCAGAGACAGAGUGGCCAAGUGAAGAUCUAGACUGGACUGCUCCAGAAGAAAUCAGCAGCUGGGACCAGCAAGUGACCCUCUGAGAGCUGAGGGCAGAGUAGUGACCAAACUUAGAGACUCGUCAAAGAACGGCUGCAGCUCUGAGUGAAUAAUCAGAACCUCAGCAGCUCCGGCGUCCUUUAGGCCCACAGAACUGAGAGUCCAAAACCCGAAACCCCAAUCUGGAGUUGAGGACUUGCUGAGGACAGUGAAGACCACCGUGAGGGUUUGUGGAGGUGUGUGUCCACAGUUCUGUAGAGGAAAGUGUUUAGAGAAGCAUGGACCACAGAACAAGUUUUAAUGGGGGGACCAGACAUUAGGCCCCGCCCAUCACGUAAACCAACAGCAGUGUUGCUGUUAAGAUAUUACAGUGUGUUUACAGAAUGCUGUAAUAGAAUUUACUGCUGGAAAACGUCCUGAUGGUUUAACUGUAAGUCGGGUCAGAUGGAAAUCCCCAGUUGUACAGACUGAGCCAGUACAGUGUAUUAAUAUUGGUUGAUUGUGAUAGAAGCACAGCCAGCAGGUCUGCAAGUUUUGUCAACCUCUUAAAGUUCUAAAUUAAGAUACAGGUACGUUUCAAUAACACACACAAGAAGAUGUUACAUGCCCAACAUUAAGUUUGUCAACAUAUAGUAUAGUAGUGAUACUUUUUUGAUCCCACAACCGGGGAAAUUCCACCUCCGCAUUUAACCCAUUCGUGAAGUGAAACUCCACAUACACACUAGUGAACACACACACACUAGGGGGCAAUGAGCACACACU